AUGUAUUGUAACGGCACCUGGGAUAAAGUGUUGUGUUGGCCUUCAGUGGCCGCUGAAACUACCGUGUUCUUACCAUGCCCGCCACUACCAGGCUUGGACCCAACCAAAGAGGCAUUCCGUAAAUGUGGCGCAGGAGGGCGAUGGGAAAAUAAAAACCCUGGAGAUUACAGUUUGCCAAAGGGUUACACUAAUUAUACAGUGUGUUAUACACCUGAAGCCUAUGAAGUAUACCUGAAAUUUAUGGCAGGCAAAACAGCUGAAGAAAGACAGUGUAUGAAACAUAUUGCAGCAGGAACAAGGACAAUGGAAAUAGUUGGCCUUUCGAUAUCUUUGGUUGUGUCACUCAUAUCAGUGUUCAUAUUCACUUAUUUUAGGAGUUUAAGAUGUCAUCGAACACGAAUUCAUCGAAACUUAUUCGUUUCAAUAAUUGCUCAAACUAUAAUUCGACUUGUUUUGUACUUGGACCAGUAUGCUGCCCGGUUAAAGGGAGGAGAAGUUGGUGGAGCGGCUGGUUCCAAUAGUCAGACUAUAUUUGAUACUCCUGUAUUCUGCGAAGCUUUAUAUGCAUUAUUAGAAUAUACAAAGACAGUGCAAUUCAUGUGGAUGUUGAUAGAAGGAUUAUUUUUACACAAUAUGAUAGCAGUAUCCGUAUUCUCUGGAAAGCCUAACUACCUUAUAUUUUAUCUUCUUGGCUGGGGUUCCCCUAUUCCCGUAACAGUUGCAUGGGUCAUUACAAUGGUGCAUAAACAUAAAGUAAAAUGCUGGUUUUCAUACACGUUCACACCAUUUUAUUGGAUCAUAGAAACUCCGAGAGUUGCAGUCAUCGCUGUGAAUUUAUUGUUUUUGUUGAACAUUAUCAGAGUAUUAAUAACAAAGUUGCAAAAGAGUCAAACAAAUGAACCACAUGUUACAAAAGUACGGAAAGCAGUUAAAGCAGCAAUCAUUCUUCUACCGUUAUUAGGCAUAACAAACUUUGUUGUAAUGACAGAUCCACCGUCUGGAGUCACUGCGUUUGGUAUCUGGUCGUUUACUACAUAUUUCCUUGUGUCAUUCCAAGGCUUCUUUAUUUCAUUACUUUACUGUUUCCUGAAUGGGGAGGUACAAAUGACUCUACGCAAACACUGGGGACAAUUUCUCCAAAAUAGAAUGGUCCAUUCAACAAGUUUUAGGCGUGGUAGCCGAUCGUUUUCCAUAUUUACAUCUAUAACAGAAGUUCCCAAUGUUAACCAGCGGAGACAGUCGGUCAUUCCACCACCAACUGGUAAUGCUGUUCCAUUAUUGAGAGAGAUCGUAGCUCGAAGUGAUUCCCGUCUGUGAUAAACAUUUUUCUCUCUAUUGAUUUUGUAUAAACUGUAUAUUUGUAUAGUAAA